AUGAACGACAAAGCUUCUACUUUCCUAAUUGUAGAAUUGGAGCAGGGUCAUGAUCUAAGUCACUCGUCUCUCUCCUCCGUCCGUCUGACAGAUUCUUCAAUUCAAAAUACAAGUCGCAUUAUCUUAGAAAGAUUAGGACUACGAGUCGUCGAAGAUGGAUAUGUCAAGUGGCGAGAGGAUGCGUCUCUUCACCCAAGAAAUUGGAGCACGUCUCGAAAAGCAUUCGACAUACUUUUGGUGUUAAUGCUGGAUCUCUUUACGUUGGUGUCCGUUUUCCUCCUUUGGUACAUUGCUGACCACAUAUGCAGUACUGCAGUUAGCUCUUCGGGGCCUUCAGUUGCUGAAGUAGCCAGGUUGGAAUUUGGUCUCAGUCGAACAGUCUGUCUUCUUGGAUUUGGCAGCAUGUAUCAAUUUGGCCAAGCCUUUGGUGGGGUAGUCUUUCCUCCUUACUCGGAAGCUUUUGGAAGAAAAUCAGUCUAUCUCUCAGCGUCGGUCGUCUAUUGCUUGUCAUGCAUAAUUGUCGCCUGCGUUCCCUCCAUCUCUGGUCCAUUUGUAGGACGUUUUAUCUCUGGCUUCGUGUCGGCUGUACCUUCUAUCAUCGUAUCUGGAAGUAUUGAAGACAUGUUUAAUAUGCAACAACGCAUCUCGAUGAUGUACAUCUGGGCAUGUGCUACCACGGGUGGUUUGUUUCUUGGACCUAUCUAUGGAACAUACAUUUCUCACAGCCUUGGAUGGCGUUGGGUAUUUUACCUUGCAAGCAUUAUUAUGGGAGGUUUCACACUCCUCCUGUUCUUCAUACGGGAGAGUCGACCAAGUCAAUUACUUUCCAGACAGCUUGCUUUACUCCACGAUCAGACUGGCUCUACCCACUUUCGCAUCUUCAACCCUGACCACACUCCUGAUCUAAGGACGUUUGCUAAAGUUGCAUUGACAAGACCGAUCCGUCUAUUCUGUACCGAACCGAUCGUGUUUGUCGUCGCAAUCAUGAGCUCUGUUGGCUGGGCUCUCAUCUACUUCUUCACGGAAGCUCUACCAAUCAUCUACUCCAACUUCAACCUCUCUCCCGACCAGUCCUCGCUCAUGUUCCUUGCCAUGGGUGUCGGAAUUUCCAUCGGGAUCCUGCCUCGUAUCCAUGAUUGGAGAAAAUUGAAGCAGAGAAUUGUUGAUCAAAAGCCUCUCCAUCCUGAAGACAAGCUCAUUGGGUUCAGCUUCGCAGCACCAAGUCUGGCAUUCGGGCUGUGGUGGCUAUCACUGACUGUCCCACCGAGAUCACACUUCCAUUGGUCUGUUACCGUCGUCGGCCUCAUACCAAUUGGCUUCGCUACCAAUGAAUUCGCGUGUACUCUGUCCGGUUAUCUUGGUGACACUUACACGAUUUACGCAUCGUCUGCUUUUGCUGCUAUGUCAUUUCUCCGAGCAAUACUUGGUGGGGUAUUUCCCCUGUUUGGACGACCGAUGUACGUCUCCUUGGGCUCCAAUACCGCGACCAUGAUUAUUGCAUCAUUGGCCACUGUGUUUUGUGCUACACCGAUUCUGUUCACGAGAUAUGGGAGAGCUAUUAGGAAAAGAAGCAAGUUUGCCAGCUACAGUUUGGAGGUCAACAAUGAAACGCAGAUCCACGCCGACAACAUUGAAUAAAUAGGUUGUGUAAAUAUUUGUGGAGUCAUUAUUUGGUUUUGAUUCGUAUGCAUAUGUUUUGGUGUUCGAGGGUGGAGUUUUGAGGAUUCGAAAAAUACCUUUAUGCUGC